AUUUGUCUUCAAGCAGGUUUAAGGAUGAGCAAACAGGUGCGCGUGUGGGGACUGCGAACACUGAGUCGGCUGUGGCUUCUAGCAGGCUCACUAAGCAUCCUCUCCCUUCUCCUUCUCGGUCGAUGUGGAAUUCAGGAGACAAACACAUCAACUGGUGUAUAUCCUGUGGAGGUCAUUGAGGGGACCCCGGGAGAGGGAUACGCAACGCUGUUGGAACAAAGAGAAGAAGAAAAUAGAGCAGAAGUGGCUCGACUUGCUGGCGAGAUCAGGUCACUCAAGUUAAGGAUUCUCCAACUUACACAGGCACAAGAACACAGUUCCUCUACUGACUGGAAUGCAAGCGAAUGUUCCAUGCACGUCAAAAAACAGAUCGAAAAGGCUGAAUUGACACACGGAUUGUAUCUCAACAACGAAUACGAAAUGAUUUCCUUUAACCAUUUCACGCUCAACCGCGUAUAUCCCAUCGAUCUCGGCCUGGGGAAGCGUGUAGUUGAAAAGCCCAUCGGCUUCAGGAGGAAGGAUUUAUACCAGGCGUUGCAGUCCGCCGUAGACAGCUUGAACAAAAACCUCACCAAAAACAAAUACACUUUGGACGAUUUCGUCGAAGGGAUUUACAGAACUGAACCGACGACCGGUACCGAGUACGAACUCUAUUUCAGAAAUAAAUUGGCAAAGUCUGGAUUCACGAGAGUGACAGUUUUGAGACCUUUCGCACCCCUGAUGCCGAUAUCUACAGCGAGUGUCACGUCUAAAAAAGAGCUGAUCCAUAUCAUUCUGCCCUUGUCCGGAAGGGUGCAGACUUUUCAGGGAUUCAUGGAGAAAUUUGUGAAAAUAGGCCUGAAAAACGACCGCCGCGUCUUGUUGACGGUGGUCUAUUUUGGAGAAGAAGGCCUGGCGGAAGCGAGACUCAUUAUGUCCAAAUCGGCUGGGAGAAAUUCCGCUUUCCUCCGCCUCCUCGCCCUGAACGAAACGUUUUCGAGGAGCAAAGGGCUCAAAGUGGGCGCGGAACGACCCUGGGAAGAGCCCGGCGUCUUGGGGGAAGACGUCCUCCUGUUUUUCUGUGAUGUCGAUAUUGUGUUCAGCGCGAGGUUCCUAGAAAGGUGCAGGUGGAACGCCAGCCCUGGCCGCAGCGUCUACUACCCAGUCGUAUUCAGCCUCUACAACCCCAUGGUCGUCUACACUCUCCAAGGACGAAAAAUACCCUCAGAGACUGAGCAGCUACUUAUUUCGAGGGACACCGGCUUCUGGAGAGAUUUCGGCUACGGAAUGACCUGUCAAUACAAGUCUGAUUUACAACGAGUACGUGGUUUUUCGGAAGAUACCGUUGGAUGGGGUGGAGAAGACGUUGCCCUGUACAGAAAAUACGUGAGGAGCAGUAUUAAAGUAAUUAGAGCGACUGAUCCAGGCAUAUUUCACAUAUGGCACCAUAAGGUGUGCGAAGGGACAGGCAGGCCAGACCAAUAUAGGGCUUGCAUCCGCUCAAGGGCCUUAAAUGAAGCUUCGCACGCCCAACUCGGAUUUCUCGCUUUCCCGACGAAUUCAUCACAGCACCGAACAUAUCAUCAACCCUAGUCAGGACAAUGAGGUUUUAUUUUAAAAAAAUCUACUUUUUAUAAAUGGAAAAUAUGUGAUUUUGUUUUGGUUACCAAGAAGUCGAAUUUCGUUCAAAAUUUGAUUUCCCUAAGAUAUAUUUAUUAUAUUGCCAGUUGUUUUAGAUUGUUUAAGUGAUUUAUGGUAAAACCGAGGGGAUUUUUAAGCUUCAACGGUUUUCCAUUGUUUAAAUUUAGAAUUUGUUUUUUCAAACUGUAAUCUCAACGGUUGAUAUCUCUCGAAUUAACUCAACUUGUACAAUUACUCAUAGUGGCAACAAGAGAGUUUUGCAUAUCUUUCUAUCUUAUCUCAAUCCUAACUUUGAAGAGUCAAAAUGUCCUUGAAUAAAACAUAAGUUUUAAAUACGAGUUUAUUACUUAUUCUUUAGGCAUUAAAUAAUACUGUAUUUUACACUGGAAAAUAUUAUUUUUUAACAAGCACUAUUAAAUUAACCAACUUUUUUAUUCUAACAGCAAAUUUUAUUUAGUAAAAAUAUGAAUCUAUGAUAAUUUAUAUACUUUCAUAUUGAAAACAGUGCCUAUAAAACCUUUUUGACGAACCAAAUUUAAAGGCAUUUAAAAAUUUUGAGAGGAAAGAAAAUAUCAAUAAUAAAAACAGACGUUAUGUGAUUGUUUAUAUAAAUAUGGCAAUACUUGACAGAAAUAUUUGUAAAUAAUCUUUUAUUGGUCUCAACGAUAAAGCAUGACGUUUUAUUGUUUUUAUAAUAAUCAAGGCGAAUGGAAAUUUCCAAUAUAAUCAACUUGUAUUUAUAUUGUAAUUACUAUAAUAAAAUAUCGUAAAUCAAAUUGCACAUUUUGUAAAUAAUUUAAAUAUAAAGGAAUAUCAUUAAAAUAAUCUAUUGUUACCGAUUUAAUAGUUUGUAAAGCAUUAUAUAUUGAGAUAAUUGCGAAAUCGCAAUGCCUGCAGCUAUUGUUGUGAUAUAAAACCCGCAAUAAAAUUUAUGUACUUGUUACGUG